AUGAAAGCUGUAGCAGAAAACAUAGGGCUGAGAUCUCUCCAAGUUGGCACCUUUGUUUAUAUUCUUUGCACUAGACCGUUGCUCGGAACCAUCCAUCUUAAUCUUUCUGAUAAUUUACAAGGUCCCUUGACGGCAGUGGAAGGGGCACAUGGGCGGCCUUCAUCUGAUCUGACCACAUGGAAAAGCUCUCUUUGUGUUGAUGAAGAAUUCUUCAUCUCAAACAAGAUAAAUUGA